AUGUUUCGUGCACUACUUCUCAUUUGCUUGGCACAUUUUACUAUUGGUGAAACCAUAUCUGGACGUGUUUUAUUGAAUGGUAGUUCAUCAUCAACUACUCGUUUACCUUCUGGUUGUCAACUUAUUGUCCAAGUUAUCAGCACAACUACGGCUGAUGGUCCCGCAACUGUUCUAGGAAAUACUCAAUAUUCAAAUGUUGCAUCAUUGCCUACAUCAUACAGUUUGACAUACACACCACCAGUUGAUGUACCAAUCGAUUUUCAAGCCGUUUCAGCAUAUGUCACUUGUCCGACUGGUGCUCGAUAUCUCAAUGAUUAUCGUAUCCCUGUGCCGAAAGGAAAUGACGUUGACACUGUAGUGGAUAUUAAUGUAAUUGAUAUUCGUGGUGGCAAAUAA